AUAAAAUAGUGUGGCCUUAGGUUCAGUGAUGGAAACUUGGCUCCACCUAAGCACCAAAUCUGAUUUUCAGAGCACCUACAAAUUGCCAGCCUAGGUUCUAAAAGAAGUAAUACUUCAUUUGCAGCAGGAAGAUGAACCUUUUUUCCCUGCUUGGGUGAUGCAAAUUUGUUAUUUGGAAUAUAUUCUUAUUUUACAGCUCCUGAAAUUUUCUGUUUUCUGGAAUUGCUGGGGAAUUUGGAACAUUUACAGUGCAUCGAUUUUAAUGCUAAGCAUAUAGAAUGGAACAUAUUUCAGAAUUGCACAAGAAAUCUUGUCAUUUAUUCAACAAUAUUGCUUCCACCUUGGGAAAAUGAGAGCUAACAUGUCAUUCUAACUGCAGAAAGCAUUUUGAAAAUGCAUUGAUGGUUCAUCCUUGAUCUGCAUUCUCAAGACUAAGGACUGCAUCUGAAUAAAUUGGAGUUUGACAGGCAAACCAAAUGGACACCAGCUUUUAAACAGAAAAGACAUUGAGGAGAAAUUUCAUGGUUCUUUGAUUUUUUUCCCCUAACAAUCGUUUGAAAAUUGUGGCAAAUAUACAAGUUUGGUCUAAAGAUUAAGGCACUGGACUAGAAGGAGGGAGACUGACCAUUUCAUCCUUACCAGGUGACAUAAGUUGAAAGAUGAGUUGCACUGAUGCUUCAAGGCAUCAUUCAAUUUCUGACAUCUCCGUGAAGCAUGUCAAACCCACUAAAAGGCAUGUUAUCUACAGGAAGAUAUCACAUGAUAAAGCUGUUACAAUCUACUUAGGAAAGCGAGAUUUCAUUGAUCAUGUGGAAUAUGUGGAACCUGUGGAUGGUGUUGUAUUGGUGGAUCCUGAUAUUGUGAAGGAGAAAAAAGUAUAUGUAACCCUCACAUGUGCCUUUCGAUAUGGGCAAGAAGAUAUUGACAUAAUGGGUCUGACUUUUAGAAAGGAUCUGUACUUUCACAGAGUACAGAUUUAUCCAUCACUGGACAAACCAGGACCCCUCACUACUUUGCAGGAAAGCCUGAUAAAUAAACUGGGGAAAAAUGCAUACCCCUUUGUGUUAACUUUUCCAAACUAUCUGCCUUGCUCGGUGUGUCUGCAGCCGGCUCCCCAUGAAGUUGAAAAGUGCUGCGGAGUGGACUUUGAAGUCAAAGCUUUCUCUACAGAAGAUCCAGAAGAAAAGAUUCUCAAGAAACAUUCUGUACGCCUGCUUAUACGCAAAGUCCAAUAUGCUCCAGAAGUAGCAGGGCCCCAGCCUCACACAGAGACCACUUGGCAGUUUUUCCUGUCCAAGAAGCCAUUGCACUUGCAAGCUUGUCUCAGCAAAGAGGUGUUUUAUCAUGGUGAACCAAUCCCUGUUACAGUGACAGUGAUCAAUGAAACAGAAAAAACAGUUAAGAAGAUCAGCGUGUCAGUGGAACAAGUUGCCAAUGUGGUAUUAUACUCCAGUGACUUCUACACCAAGACAGUGGCUCUUGAAGAGUCAGAGGAAAAGGUCCAACCAAAUAGCAAGCUUACAAAGACAAUGACUGUUCUUCCUUUGCUGGCAAACAAUCGAGUGAAGAAAGGCAUAGCAUUAGAUGGGAAACUAAAGGAUGAAGACACUAACCUGGCUUCUACUACUAUUAUGAAAGAUGGAAUAGACCGGACAGUUCUAGGGAUCCUGGUUGCUUACAAGAUCAAGGUGAAGCUUACUGUCUCAGGCCUGCUGGGAGAUUUUACUUCUAGUGAUGUGAGCAUGGAGUUGCCCUUCCGUCUGAUGCACCCCAUGCAAGAAGAGCCCAAUACAGCAGAAAAGGAAAGUGGCCAAGAUGAUCUGAUGUUUGAGGAGUUUGCUCGGCAGCAACUGAAAGAUGAAGCCUCUGCAGAAGACAUCAAAAUGGAGUGUCCAAAUACUGAAUGAAAGAGAAAAAAGGGACGAGAUUAGCAGAGGCAAUAACUUUUGUAUUUGUUCAGAAACAGAAUAGUUAAAUUGAGUUGAUGUGUGGCUCUUGUCUUUUUACUUAAACUUGUUGCCUCACUACAAAUGUAGAACUCCAGAAUAGUUAUUUAGCAGUGAGUCCAUCCAAUUAAGGGGAAUCUGCCUCUUCUCCAAACAGGUGUUCCACUGUCAAACUGCUCUAUUUUUCUAAUAUUCACUUUGAAAAAGCAAUUAUUUUCCCCUCUCGAUCAUUUUUUUCUCAAGGAUAAAUAUAUCCAGCUUUUCCCAUUUAUGUUCAUAGGACCCAAUCUCUAGUUACCUGAUCAUCUUUGUUCAUCUUCUCUGAGCAUGCUCCAGUAUCUCUGAACACAACAUUAUACCUGAGGUGGGUCUGAAAAAGUGGCACAAUUAAUUUUCUUGAUUUGGAAAUUAUAUUUUUGUAAAUCAGCCACUAAUUAUAUUUGCUUUUUUUGCAAUGAAAUUACAUAUGUUGGAUUGUAUACAAUUAGCAAUCUACUAUCAUCUUCACCAGUACCACUACCAAUUAAAAUAUCUCCCUGCCUAUAUCUUUCAAUUAUUAAAGAAUUUAUCCAAUAAAUAAAAGAUUAAAUUAAUUAAG